AUCAUGCCUAUGAGACUUCAGUUUAUUACUUCAACGCUUAAGAUUUAUAUCCAAAAUAACACUUUAGUGAUUCUUCUCAUUUAAACCAAGCUUCUUUUACUGAGACAAAGAAUACUAAAAAGAUUGUUCUGUUUGCAAUACGUACAUUCAAAACAAAUAAAAUAAAUUAAGAACAUGUCUUCAAACCCUCAAAGUAUUGCCGAUUAUGUAAAGCAGUUGGAAGCUGUUGAAGAACUUUUGAAAAGUACACCUGAUGACCAGAAGGCCGAUUUGUUGGAUCUUAAAGGCAAACUUAAAGAAGUCAUCUCCUUGCUAAAAGGAAAUGAGACUGAAACUUCUAUCUCUACACAAUGCAGUACUUCAAAGAAGGAAGAACCAAGUACUGAUGAAAUGGAUGACGAGUUCCUACGCUUUCAGAUGGAAAUCGGCCAAAUAGGAGGAACAUCAAGUUCAAGUGCUGUUGAUGAAGAACCUGACUCGGCAGAAAAUGCAGCACAUUACGAAUUAUGUAAAGUGUUGUCUUCAAUGGAAGGGAAUAAAUGCCGUGCUCCUUUUGUUCGAGAGUGGGGAGAAAAAGCCUAUCAUAAUGCAAUCAUAUUUUCCACAGAUUUGAGUGAAAAUGAUUUUGAUGAUUUAAGCAAUGUGAAGGUUCAAGUAAUGUUUUGUAAUCCUGUGUGUGAUGAGAUGAAACCUUGUCCAUUUUUCUUAGACGGCCAUUGUAAAUUUGAUGAAGCUCAAUGUCGGUUCUCUCAUGGAUAUCGUGUGAACUAUUCAGAACUGGAAGAAUAUGUUUUACCUGAUUUCAGCAAUGUCCAAAGAGAUUCAAGAUGCCUAGCAAAAUACAAAGAUGGCUUGUGGUACAUGGCUGUCAUUGAAAACUGCUUAUCUGAUAACAAGUACUUUGUUAAGUACACACAUUUUAAGACUACUGGUACUCUUGAAGCGCAUGACAUUCUCCCAAUAGAAAAUUUGUCUUUAUCUGAUGACAGUAGUGAUAGUUCUGAAGAUGAAGAUAAAAGACCCGCCGAACAAGAAUAUGAAAUUGCAGAACAAAAGCCUCAAGAAAUUAACUAUGUUACUGAAGUAGGAGAUUCUCCUAUAGGCCUAUGGGAAUCUCAUACAAAGGGUAUAGGUUCAAAGCUCAUGGCAAAAAUGGGAUAUGUGUGGGGACAGGGACUUGGGAAAAACUCUGAUGGGAGAAUAGAACCAAUAGAAGCUGUUGUACUUCCAAAAGGAAAAUCCCUAGACAAGUGCGCUGAAAUUAGAGAAUUUACUGGGGCUGUUACGGUUGAAGAUAAAUUCAAGGCUGAGCAAGUUAAACAAGAGCACCGAAUAAAAAAAAGUGAAAAAGAUCAAGAUCAAGGAAGUACUGUUUUCGAUUUCUUGAAUAAAAAUAUAUCAACGUCUAAUGAUUCUGAUGGAAUUUCUAGAAAAAGGCCUGUAUCAGAAACAUCUGUUGCUGGAAAUAAGAAUUCUGACUUAAAUUUUAAUGUAUAUGCUGUUGGUGAAAAAAUCAAGAAAAUGAAGAAAGACAUUUUUCACUUGCAGACGUUUCUUAAAAGGAAUGGCAAUAGGAAUCAAGCUGCUUGUGAGCAAAUAAGAAGAAAAAUGUCAAUAAAGAAUAAAGAGUUGCAGGCACUGGAAGCUAAAGAACAAAGUAUUAGUAGCCAAAUUAAUCGAGAAAAAGAUCAAAGGAAUAUUGUUAAAUUUUGAUGAAGUAUUUCAUUUAUUUUUAUAUAUUUAUUGUAUAUUGUACAUAUCUCUCAUGCUUUCAUCUUGUAAAUACUUCA